CAAACUGACAUAUUAUAACCAAACCUGGUUCCCAGCUGUGGCUCAGGGUAUGUUUACAAUGGAUUUGUACAAUUUGUGGUUGCUUUUGUUACUUCUGGCAGAAAUGGGUGUCUGUUCUGGUGCCCAGCUUGUGAUGCCAGAAGCGGUGAGCGGUGUGAGGGGUAAAAGUGUGAAUUUCACGGCAUCAGGUCCUCCUUCGGCUGAGGUCCAGACGGUGACGUGGUCGUUCAUCCCCAAACCCGGUACCACUGUUCCCAUCUACACGGCCACGAAGGAGAACGAGAAGGUGUCCAGCGCGUACAGCGGCCGCGUGAAAUAUUACAGGAGCACGUACACGCUCCAGCUCAACUCGCUCAGGGCCGAGGACAGCGGGACCUACACCCUGACCAUCGUCGACUCCAACCUGGACCAGCUGGUGGACCAGACUGUGCUCGUGGUGCUGGAGCCUUUGGCAGAUGUGAAUAUCUUCUCCAACCUUCCUGAAGCAGUGGAAUUCAACAGCACUGUAGUUCUUACCUGCUCUGCCAAAGGGUCUGAUCUCUCCUACAGCUGGCUGAACAAUUCAGCUCCCGUGGUGGUGGAUGGGAAGCAUGUGGUGCAGAACGGCAGAGAGCUCGCCAUUAGUCAGGUUUUUCGUACAGACCUGCAAGGGCCAAUCUACUGCAUAGCCAAGAACCAAGUGGAAUCUGCAACCAGUUCUGCUUUCACCCUCACUGUCAACUAUGGCCCUGAUCUUAUUACUAUAAAACGAGAGCCUGCUGAUGAUGUCCUGAACAAGGGAUCCAACCUCACAUUGUCAUGCUCAGCCCAGUCCAGCCCUGCUGCUGAGAUCAUAUGGCUUUUUAAUGAAGUCAAGCUUCCCCAGAACACUGCUACACUAGUUCUCUCCAACUUUGGAAGAAAUCAGAGUGGCAACUACAGCUGCAUUGCCUACAACAGCAAGACCAAGCGUUAUGUCACUUCAGAGGUCACCACACUGACUCUCGCAGGAGAGAGGGAAUCGGAUGGCCAGUUGUCUGAAGGAGCCAUCGCUGGAAUUGUCAUAGCUGUCCUAUUGCUCGUGGCAAUCAUUAUGGUCAUCAUCUACAAGAGGCAACAGAUUCAAGAUUGAAUUUACUGUUCAUUCUACAGUUAUUAUUACCUCUUCUUCAACAACUGCUCUGACCUGCUUAGCAACCUGCUGAAGAGUCGCUUUCUGUCCCAGACGUACAGCACUUUUUCAGCUUUUUCUAUGUGUUCAGUAAAUGUUAUAUUUCCAACUGUAUAAAAUAUAUUAUUUAUGAUAUCUGACAAAGGUAUUAAAGGAACACUCUGUAGCAAGAUUUCCCAGUUUAGAAUACUUGGGAAACCCCCUCCUGAUUAUGCAUCUUGGAGGUGGAUGCAAAAUUUUAAAAACUACAAUGGUUAUGAUGGAUAUUUGGGUGGGAGGGGAAUGGAGGGAGAAGGGAGGAAUGGGGGCAGUGCUCAGUGAAGCCAGAUAGCUAAUUGGCUACUGCUAAUAAGCAAUCACUUUGCUUUUUAAGUAAUUUAUUACAAUGGAAUGAAUGGAUUACUCAAGGACAGAAAUGACUCAACAGAUGUAGAUUUUUUGAGUUACUGUUACACAGUGAUUAUAUAACCAUACAUGUUCAAGCCAGAAUAUAUAGCAACUGUAGGUCUUUCAAAAUUACACUGAGCCACAUAACUGAAGUUAGCAAAAACACAAUUAGCUACCAUAAUGUUAGCUAGCAAUGUUACAUGAGUAUUUACUUUUAUUAACAACUUACUAGCCAUCUUACUAGUAGUUACAUAGGUGAGAAAAAGCCUUUGCAAAUGGACAUUACCUAGUUCUCCUAUCACAGUUUGGCUCCUUUUGUCAGGUUGGCUGGGCAUGGAGCUCUCCUUUGGUGUGCGUUUUGUACUAAACACAGGCAGAAUCACUCUUUUCUUUAGCAUCUUCCUUGGUGGAAGAUGCAGUAUCUAGUCAUGCUAGAUAUAUCUUGUUGUCAGGACUACAUUACCCAGCAGCACGUCACGAGAUCAUGCGCACCUGAGUCACAUUAAUGUCUAAUGAGCACUGGUAUUUAAGUUCUGUCUUUGGCAGCACACUUUGUCUAGUGUUUGUUGUGUUCUUGUGUUUCUAGUUUAUGUUCUUAGUAUUUGUGUUUGUGUUGCACCAAUUAAACAAUAUCUGCACUUGCAUCUGCUUCUGACUCCACUCCCUGAAAUUUGUUGGUUGCUAAAGGUGGAAAAUGUUCUAACAUGAUUUAUCUUUGUUUCACUUUCACGAAAUCCUGCAAUUUUUAUAGACUUUUUAUAUCCACUGUAUGUCUGCUUGAUGAAAAUUAACAUGACUUGCACCUUUGCUUUAAGUCUAAUCACAGAAAUCCACUUACAUCUUAAUUAUUGUGGUUCAAAAUGCCUAAAUAUUAAGUUGAACAUUUUUAAAACUAUGUUUAAAGCAGCCAUGUAGAACUGUGUAGUCCUAUCUCACUAAGAGAACAAGUAUUUACUGCAUUCCGUCUGUUUUCACCUGCCAGAAACUGUACCACUUUUAGCUCUGCAGCUUCAAUACUCUGUUUUGUGCUUAUCAGCAUUUUCAAACAAUAAUUCAUGUAAUUUCAUUUGACAAUCAUUCUAUAUUGUCACCUCACAUCUAGUUUCUAGUUACUCAUAUCUUUGACCCAUGUCUAUUCUACUGUAUCAACGGGUUUUUCUGGCCAAUUUAUUCAAAAAAACAAACAACAGAACCAUUGCCUAAUAAGUAAAAUAAAUAAAUUUAAAUAAAUAAAUUUAUACUAUUUAUAUAAAUGAUUUAUCUAAUGUCUCAAAUAUCCUUACUCCAAUAAUGUUUGCAGAUGACACAACCCUUCUCUCUCAUUCAAAUUUCAACUCGCUGAUUAAGAAUGCGAAUAUUGGUUUAACUGCUUAUGCUACAUGGUUUAGAUUUAUUAUAGUCUAAUUUAUCCCUAUCUUUCAUACUGUAAUAUAGUUUGGGCAAGUACUUUUCCUACUACUCUUCAUAAAAUUUUGGUUCUAGAGAAAUGUUUUGUUAGGAUUGUAACCCGAUCAGAGUCAUAUAUUUCAUCGUCUCCUUUUUUUUUCAGAAAUUUCAGAUUUUUACUAUUUAUAACAUUAAUAUUUUUCAAUAUUUAAUAGUUUUCAUUUAUAAGAUACAUUUAAGUGAAGGGAAUAUUCCUGAGCAAGGAAUUCAAGCCUUACUUUAAAGCAAAUUCAUAGGUCCAUUCUUACUCAACUCAUCAAUCUUCAGAUUUUCAUUUUCCUAAAUUUCUCACUUGUACAGGUCAAUUCUCAAUAAGAUUUAGGGGUAUCAAAUUUUCCCACCUGGUAAAAAAAAUGUUCGUCUAUAAUAUGCUAUAAAAGUUUAAAAGAUCAUUUAAUUGCUGUCUUGUAACUGUUUUUCCCUUUAUUAUGUAUUCCAUGUUUCCAUGAAUUAUUUUUUAUUUAUUUCAUUUAUAGUGAUAUAUAUUAUUAUUGUUGUUCAGGUGUAUAAACCAAUAUCCCCCUCAUGUUACUUAUACAUGCUUACACACAUAUAUACUCAAGCAUCUUUUAUAGAUGAAUACAUACAUGUAUGCACAUUCAUACAGUGCAUGCACAUACACACUGACAUAUACAUAUAUACAUGCUGUUCACCUAUUUCUGUAUUUAUAUUUUUGUUGUUAUGAUAUAUAUUGGUAUUAUUAGUUUAUCAUUCUGAUGUAGCUUUAUUAUCUUCUGUAUGUUAAUUUAGCGUUCUCUAUAACUUUUGAAAAUUUAACAUUGUUAAGGUAGAGGCUUUAAAUAAGCCUUCACGGGUAUUUGUCUCUCCCUGCACUGUAUAUUUGUAUUCUUACUACUUUUCUUUUUGUGUAUUUUUAAUCAUGCAAAAUAAUAAUAAAGAAAGAAUAAAGAAAUAAGGGCCUAUGUUCCAAAGAACACACAAAAUCAAGCAGUCAGAGCAUAAAACCAACAGUGAAGCAAAUGGAAUGUGUUGAAGUAAGGAGGGUUGGGAUGGUAUGAUAUCAAAGCAACAAUACAGUUGGGAUAAGACAAAAUGAAAAUACAACAAUAAAUAUACAUACAAUUAUACAUAUACGCAACAUACAAUACACACAGUAUACAGUAUGUACACAAAAACAUCCACAUUAAAUAUUUACCAUAAAAGCUUAAGCAACAGUGAAUUGCACAGCUCCCUAGAUCUUGCUAUUUAUUUUUUUAAUUGAAACUGAGUGUUCAAAUAUACAAAUGAGUUCUUGUGCCAGCAGAGUUAUAAGAGUAUCUUAUCACUAUACAUGCACCUUCUCCCAGAGGGCAGGAGCUGAUAUUCAGAGUGGAGGAUAUGGGAUGGAUAGAUGCAUGGACUAAUGAGAAAUGGAUUAAAGUGACAUGUAUUCCUUCUUUCCUAUGACUCUUAUGGCACUUUUCACAAUGGAGGCAAGCUGUGAUUUUAAUUGUGCUGUGGGAUUACCAUACCAUACCUGUAUCCCAUAACCGAUCAAGCUCUCUAGAACCACUCAGUAAAACAAAAAUGUUUCUGGCUGAUCUUAGAUUAGACACUCUAAGACUAGAUUAUCAACUUGGGCUUUACAGGUGAAUGUAUUAUCAAUAUGGACAACUAGGUAUUUGUAAAAGCAUACUGGUCAAAUGCCACAAUACCAUCCAAUACCAUCUUUUCUCUUUUUCCUCACGUUUAAACUGGGUAGUUAACCUCACACCAAUGCACAAAGGUUUCUAUUGCAGAGUGUUAAUCUGUGUGAGAAACUUAACUUAAUAGACUUAAGAUAGCAUUAUCAGCAGAGAACAUCACUAUGUAAUUGUGUGGAUGUUUGCUCACACACUCAUUCAUGUAGAAAGUAAAAGGAUAGAUGAGCUCAUACAAUCCUGAGGAGCACCUCUGCUGAAGGUGUUGGGGUCAGAGAGAUUGGUGCUCGUAUGUUUUAUAUAUUGGAUGUGAUUUGUGAAGAAUGAAAAGUACCAUUUAAUAUUAAAAGGGUUGACAGUAAUCUGUUUCAAAGUAUGUGGGGCUGUGGAGUGUUAAAUGCUGAAUUAAAAUAAAAAAAAAGGCAUGUAUAUGCAUUAGUGUCUUCUAGAUGAUUAAGGAUCAGAUGGGUGAUGGUGUUAAUCACACCAUCAGUGCCCCACUCCUAUCUGUUAGCAAACUCAAAUGGGUCUAACCAUGGCUUUACUUCAGCUUUGAGAAUGGAUACCACAUAUUUCUUCAUGCACUUCAUCAACAGAAGAUAAAGUCACAGGACUGCAGUCAUUAUUGUCAUUUGAACAAGGUUUCUUUGUCACUGGUGUAAUAACAGUUGGGAAAAGUGUGUGAGUCCAAUGAAUAUUGGAAAAUAGGGACCCAAGCUGGGGUCAGCUCCUCUGUCUUCAGCAAUUGCUACGAACUACGAAUUUUGCACUCAAGGCUCCAUCACUGAACAGUUGAUAACUUCAACAAAAUAGACUUCGAGUUAAAACUGUCUGGCUGCUUUAUGUCCCAG